AUGGAUUUGGAUACUUUCUUCAUUACCAUGGCAACAAGAAACGCUAUCAGAGUUGUGGCUCGCAGGUUCUCUAGUGGAAAAGUUCUUAGCGAGGAGGAAAAAGCUGCUGAGAAUGUUUUCAUCAAGAAAAUGGAGCAAGAGAAGCUCGAGAAGAUAGCCAGACAGGGUCCGGGAGAACAAGCAGCAGCAGGGUCAGCAAGUGAAGCCAAGGCUAGUGGUGCAGCAGCGGCUGAGUCGGGCCCGAAAGUGUCGGAAGACAAGCACAGAAACUAUGCGGUUGUGGCGGGUGUGGUGACUGUUUUUGGUGCGAUUGGUUGGUACAUGAAAUCAGGUGGAAAGAAGCAGCCAGAGGCUCAAGAGUGA